AUGAUGCUCACUGCACCUGGCGCUGGAAUUAUCAUAUUAUUUGCUUGGCUCUCUCCAAGUAACGCUCUCUAUUUUCACAUUGGAGAGACGGAGAAAAAAUGCUUUAUAGAGGAAAUUCCAGAUGAGACUAUGGUUAUUGGGAAAUACAGGACCCAGCUGUGGGACAAGCAGAUGGGAUCCUUCCUCCAAGCCACCCCUGGCCUUGGAAUGCAUGUGGAAAUCAAAGAUCCGGAUACUAAGAUAAUUCUGUCUCGUCAGUAUGGGUCAGAUGGACGGUUCACCUUUACUUCCCAUACACCAGGCGAGCACCAGAUCUGCCUGCACUCCAACUCCACCAAGAUGGCCCUUUUCGCUGGCGGCAAACUGAGAGUCCACCUGGAUAUUCAGGUUGGUGAACAUACCAACAACUACCCCGAAAUCGCAGCAAAAGACAAGCUCACAGAGCUGCAAUUAAGAGCUCGACAAUUACUGGACCAAGUAGAACAAAUCCAGAAAGAGCAGAACUAUCAGCAGUAUCGUGAGGAGCGGUUCCGCAUGACGAGUGAGAGCACCAAUCAGCAUGUGCUUUGGUGGUCUAUAGCUCAGACACUUAUCCUCAUCGUCACUGGCAUCUGGCAGCUCAAGCACCUCAAGAGCUUCUUUGAGGCCAAGAAGUUGGUGUAAUGCUCACAGGACAUCACUGAUUGAGUUCAAGACAGGAGUGACAACCAUACAGAGUUGACUGGCAGAAAGAGACGCUUAAAC